AUGACUAGUUGGAUUGAAUUAGAAAGAAGACUUCAAAAGAAAAAGACAAUUGAUGAAAGUGUGCAAGUAGCAAUUAACAAAGAGAAAGAACAUUGGAAACAAGUAUUGAAGAGAAUAAUUGCAGUUGUGCAAAGAAUUGCGAAAAAUAACUUGGCACUUCGAGGAGAUUGUGAAAAGCUUUAUGAUGAGAAUAAUGGAAUCUUUUUGCAGUUAAUUGAAAUGAUUGCCGAAUUUGAUCCAAUAAUGGAGGAACAUCUUCGGCGUGUUCAAGAACGACAGAUUCAUUACACUUAUCUUGGGCCCAAAAUCCAAAAUGAAUUGAUACAGGUGUUGGCAGCUGAAAUGUCCCUUGUAAAUAGAUAUGUGGAUGAUUUAGAAAAUGCAAUAGUGGUUGAAGAAUUUUGGAUUGGAUUUUUUAAAGUUAAUGAAACUUCUGGGCUUGGGCUUUUAAUAGAGCUUAAAAAUAUUUUGAGCAAUCUCGAACUUGCGAUUGACGAUAUAAGUGGUCAAGGAUAUGACAAUGGAUAUAAUAUGAAAGGCAAGCACAAGGGUGUACAAAAUAGACUACUUGAAAUUAAUUCUAGAGCUUUCUACACUCCAUAUGGAUGCCACAAUCUUAAUCUCACACUAUGUAAUAUGGUAAAUUGUUGUCCUAAAGCGAUGUCCUUUUUUGGUGUUAUACAACGCAUAUAUUCAUUAUUCUCUUAUUCUACCAAGCGGUGGAAAAUCUUCAAAGAUCAUGUACAAGGUCUUACGGUCAAGCCAUUAUCACAAACACGAUGGGAAAGCCAUGUUGAAAGUGUGAAGCCCAUAAAAGACCAGACUUCAAAAAUACGAAAUGCUUUAAUUGAUUUGGCAAACACUUCUUAUGACUCAAAAAUAAAGAGUGAAGUUGAGGUCUUGGCAUCAUUUGAACUUGAGAAUUUUGAAUUCCUAACCGGAAUGAUAAUUUGGUACAAGUUAUUAUAUGAGAUUAACAUUGUCAGUAAGUUUCUCCAAUCAGAAAAAAUGGAUAUUGAUGUUGCUAUCGGACAGUUAAAGGGGCUUAUUUCUUUUCUCCAAGAGUUUAGAGAAUCUGGAUUAGAUCAAGCCUUGCUUGAAGCCAAACAUAUUGCAAGUGAAAUGGGAAUUGAACCAAUUUUCCGAGAAAAACGCAUCAUUCGGAGAAAGAGACAAUUUGAUGAUAUCAAUAGUGAAGAGCUUAUGGAAUUCAUCUCCAACAAUAACUAUCGGAAAUUUACAAUAUAG